AUGGCAUCGCAGACACACUUGAUCACUGGCGGCAGCGGCUUUAUCGCCAUCCAUCUCGUCUAUCAGCUCCUGGAAGCCGGAUAUGCGGUGCGUACUACUGUACGGAGCUUGAACAAUGUCCCAAAAGUCCAACCGCUGCGAGGGUUGCAAGAGAAAUAUCCCAGAAAGCUAGAGCUCUUCGAAGCAGAUCUACUAAAGCCAGGCUCGUUUGAGACUGCCAUGCAAGGCUGCUCGGUAGUUCAUCAUGUUGCUUCCCCGUUUCUGAUGGCCGAAAAGAUCAAGGAUGGACAGAAAGAGAUGGUCGAGCCCGCUCUACAGGGAACCCGAAAUGUGUUGAACAGCAUCAACAGCACGGAAAGCGUCAAAAGGGUUGUCUUGACAUCGACUAUUGGCGCAAUUUUUGGGGACUAUAUUGACGUAAGAAGCAUGAAGGAUAACAUCCUACAUGAGAGCUACUUCAAUGAAUCAAGCUCUGCUACUCAUAACCCAUACCACUAUUCUAAAGUCCUUGCCGAGAAGGAAGCGUGGAAAAUCCAGAAGGCUCAAUCACGCUGGGAUAUGGUUGUCAUCUGCCCGGGACUAGUUCUUGGGCCGUCACUGACAACUGGGUCCGAUUCUGGGAGCCUCUUCUUGCUGGAUGAACUGUUUAGCGGACAGCUUUGGUUUGGCGUGCCCGAUUUGAACUUCUGCACCGUUGACGUGAGGGAGGUCGUCACAGCGCAUAUCAGAGCGGCAGAGAACGCAUCUGCGAGUGGGAGAUAUAUUAUCACUGACAGUCAGAUGGCAAGAUUUAUCGAGAUCUCCAAGCACGUCCGAUCGCAUGCCGAGCAUCCAUGGACCCUUCCCCGUCACUUGCUACCAACUCCACUGGUGCGAAUCGUAGGGCCUCUAUUUGGCUUGACACCCAAAUGGAUGCGCGCCAAUCUUGGAAUACGGUUCUCCGUUGAUAAUGAACGGGGUGUCAAGGAGCUUGGAAUAUCAUACCGCCCACUGACCGAGACAUUGGACGAUCACUAUAAGUCAUGGGUUGCUCAGAAAGGAAAGCAAGCGGCUAAGUUGAAGGAGAGUCAAAAGUAA